AUGGCCGUAGCCGCCACCCCCGCGCGCACCUCAACUCUCCUCACCAACCUUUCCGCCGUGACGUCGCGCAUCGCCGCCGCCGUCUCCAAUUCUCCCACUCCAUCCAAGCCCGUCCGUCUCGUCGCGGUCUCCAAGCUCAAGCCCGCUGCCGACGUUCUCGCUCUACACCACUCCCCCGUCGCCCACGCUCACUUCGGCGAGAACUACCUGCAAGAACUUCUCGAGAAAUCCCGCCUUCUCCCACCAACCAUCAAAUGGCAUUUCAUCGGCGGUCUCCAAUCAAAUAAGUGCGUCACCCUCGCCCGCGACGUUCGCGGCCUAUGGGCCGUCGAAAGCGUCGACUCGGAAAAGAAAGCCACCCUUCUCGACAAAGGGCGCGGUGAGCGCAACCCGGACGCCGAGGAGCGUGAAGCCGAAGCCCAAGCUGCCAAAGAGCCUGGAUCCGAAUCACGACUGCGCGUCUACGUCCAAGUCAACACCUCCGGCGAAGAGAACAAGGCGGGUGUGGAACCGGCACAAGCGCCCGCGCUGGCCAAGCACAUCCGGGAAAAAAUGCCCGCGGUUAAAAUUGCAGGGAGUCAUGACGAUCGGAGCGAUUGCCAGAUCCCGGGCGACGACGCCUGA